UCCUGUUCCAACUCCCAUCCCGCCCUACCUCACUAUCAAGCAGACUGUCAUUUCACGAACACGGGUGGAAUUUUUAUCGGCAGCAGUGUUAAGUGUUAACGUUCGCGAUCAAAGUCCUGCGUUGUCAUAUCGCAAUGACCUACAUGGACUGAACUAUAUAUAUUAAUUUCACCGACACUGUGUUCGAACAUGGCGAAGAAAAUAGCGGUGAUUGGGGCAGGCGCCAGCGGUUUGACUGGAAUUAAAUGUUGCCUGGACGAGAGUCUGGACCCAGUGUGUUUCGAACGGACGGACGGACUGGGAGGGCUGUGGAAGUUCACGGAAAAAGUGGACGACGACCUGGGUUGCGUGAUGAGGUCGACCAUCAUAAACACGAGCAAGGAGAUGAUGUCGUACAGCGAUUUCCCUAUACCCAAAGAGUACCCCAAUUUCAUGCACAACACCAAGGUGUGGCAAUACUUCAAGCUGUAUACUAAAAAAUUUGACCUUGAGAAAUACAUCAAAUACAACAAGCAGGUGUUGUCUGUGAAGCCAACAGUGGAGUUUGAAACAACCGGCCAAUGGGAUGUCGAGGUUAAAGACCAUGUGACCAAUGAGGUCACAAAAGAAGUAUUUGACGGUGUUCUGCUAUGUACGGGCCACCACGCGAAAAAGCACGAACCGAAGUUUGCAGGUCAAGAAGAUUUUCAAGGAAGAAUACUCCAUUCUCACGACUACAAGGACAGUCGAGGGUUUGAGGGGGGAAAGGUUGUCGUCAUAGGUAUCGGCAACUCAGGGGGAGAUAUAGCUGUUGAACUUGGACGUGUUUCUAAGGUUUUUCUGAGCACCAGGAGGGGAAGCUGGGUGCUACAUAGAGUCGCAGAUGGCGGGCUUCCGAUUGACAUGGUCGGGGCUACGAAAAUGAAUCAUUUUUUUAAAAAUCACUUGCCAAAGUCUGUAAUCAAUUUAUUAGCAAAGAAAACCGUCAUGAGUCGUUUUGAUCACAGACUGUUCCGUUUAGAACCCAAACACGACAUCCUUGCUCAGCACCCUACUGUCAACGACGACUUGCCAAACAAAAUACUGUCUGGAGCAGUGACGGUGAAAGCAGACGUGAAGAAGUUCACAAAAACUGGAGUGGAAUUCGUGGACGGGACGUUCGAGGACAACGUCGAUGUGAUCAUCCUGGCGACUGGGUACAUCUUCGGAUUUCCUUACAUAGACAAGUCCAUCAUCGAAGUCCACGACAACAAGGUGAAACUCUUCAAGUACAUGUUUCCUCCAGAUCUGGCCAAACCAACCUUAGCCGUGAUCGGUUGCUUUCAGCCUCUCGGCGCCAUUAUGCCCAUUUCUGAACUUCAGUGUCGUCUGUAUGCACGGGUUUUCAAGGGUGACGUGGUGCUCCCCACGAAGUCGGCGAUGUGGCAGGACAUCCGCGACAAGGAGGCCGCGAUGUCGGCGAGGUACGUGCAGUCACAGCGUCACACGAUACAGGUGGACUACGUCGACUUCAUGGACGAACUGGCCGAGCUGUGUGGGUGCAAGCCUGAUAUCGCGAGUAUGCUGAAAUCUGACCCAUCACUGGCUCUGAAAUGCUGGUUUGGACCGUGCACUCCGUAUCAGUACCGACUCACCGGUCCUGGCAAGUGGUCCGGUGCCCGGACAGCCAUCCUCACACAGUGGGACCGUGUGCGAUAUCCUCUGCAAACCAAACCACUUCCUGAAGGCGUGGGGGUGGAAACCUUUUCUUUGCAAACGAAAAUUAUUAUCUUUAUAGUCUUAAUUGCGAUAUUAUAUAUGUUCUUCUUUUGAAAUACAGAUGUAUAACUGUUGAACAUUUGUCAGCAAAUGUUAAUAAAUAAAACUGUCGUAUAACCUGACCAUAUAUGUAUAUUUGUGUACGACUUUACAAAUCAUGUUUUACAGACACGA